AUGAGAAUAAAGAAUAAAUCCUCCCGCUCGCACUUUCACUUCCUCGUCCGCUCGGUUGUCAGCCUCGUACUUCCUCAUUGCUGCCGGAGCCUCGCGACGGGAGAUCCUGCGCUCGUGGCGGCCACGAUGCAGCUCGGUACCGGGGCAGCGGGAGGAGGAGGAGGAGGAGGCGGAGGAGGAGAAGGAGGAGGAGGAGGAGGAGCAGGAGGACCGGCCGAGGCUCCUUCCCGCCGGGAGCUCCACGACGAGUACGCGCGCUGUCAGCGGGAGUCGCGCGCGGAGGGUCGGCCGUGCCGCGACGCCCGGCUCCUGGACAGGGUGGCCCGGUAUCUGGCGACGGGGCGGCCGGCGGCUGCGUCCGCGGCCACGUUCACCGUGUUCCCCUUCUACCGGGCGGUGGCCGAGGGCCGGGGAGCCGGCGGCUGCCAGGCCGAGCGCAGGAGGCACCUGUCGGCCGUCGCCAAGGCCGCCGAGCUGCUGGAGACCGUGUGCGUCAACCUGUUCCUGCAGCCGUGGAAGAAGGAGUUCAGGACGCUCAAGACGUUCACAGGUCCGUUUGUUUACUGUCUUCUACCAGCUCUCAGCAGUUCCACCAUUCAGUCAGUCCUGGCGUCUAUUGGCUACCUGCCCCAUGCUGAUGCCCCGCCAAGUGAGUUCCGACUCCGUGAGGACGCCGACCCAGACAGAGCCAUACUGGUGGGCUUCGAGCUGCUGCUGGCCAGGGUGGAGUGUCUCCACCUCCUGGAGAUCCUGGAGAAGGAUCAACUGGGACCACAGGAGUGGCUGGAGGUUCUCCGGAGGAGAGCGGGGCCGACCAAACUGGACGAACCCGCGGAAAAGAAGACAACGGCGGCGGAAAAAGAAGCAGAGGAGGAGGAGGAGGAGGAGAAUAAGGAGGAGGACGGGGCAGACCGAAAAGAGUUACCUGUGUAUUCGGACACCAGGCGCGCGGCGAAACCGCAGGCCAAGCCUCGACACUGCCGCCUCACCAGCGCCGACCAGUCCAUCAUGGAGAUGCAGAGGACCUACCCUGACCUGGCCUUCAGGGGCCGCCCCCUGCUGCCGGACAAACCUCACCGGGCCAAGAGCGGCAGCAAGGCUGUUCAUCCAGCCGGCGAUAAUCACGGUGGCGACGGUAGAGCCGCGGAGAUCCCCAGGAGAAACUGUGUCAAAGGCGCCAAAGCUCCUCCUGCAACUAUCGGCAGUAAACACGGCGGGAGAAAAGGCGAUGACGCGCUGGCUGACGGCGGCAGAAGUGGCGCCUGCAAGGACACCGCGCCCCACGACACAGACGGAGGCAGAGGGGACGAGGGGCUCCUCAGUGGUCCUCCGGCCAUUUCCCUUCGCGUCGCUCUGAAGACGCCGGGCUCUGAAGUCCAAGCAGAGCAGACCCCGAGGCCUGGACAGUGUCAGGCCACAGCGGAGCCCUCAGGCUGGGCGCAGCAGCAGGCUGCAGCAGAAAACCAGAGGCCGACCACACGGGAGCUUCCGUCUCUGAGCUCCGUGGACGAGGAGGAGCGGGAUCUGCGGGAGCUGGCCGAGAGGAUGCAAGAGCUCAACGUGCGGGAAACAACCAAAGAGGAGGUGCCGAGAAAGGCGGAAAACACGAGCGGGGAGAACGCGAACAAAGAGAGGAGGAGGAAAGGGAGGAGGACGAGCGCGGAGGGAGAGGCGGCCGAGGAGGAGCUGAACCUCUGGAAACCGGCGGCGGAGAAAGGUGCGGCGCCGAGCCGCGAUGCCGCUCGAUGCAGCAGAUCCUCUCAGGCCGAUACUGCAUCGACCAAGGAGCAGCAGCCGUCGGCCCUGAGCGGUGCAGACGCUCAGGGCUGCAGCGGAGGGGGAGGCGGCGGCACGAGGCGGCAACCAGAGGGAGAAGAUACGGCGACGGGCCGAGGAAGAGGGGAAGAGGAGCAGCUGGCACAAGGCUUUGUUAUUGUCGACCAUCAGAAGAAAUAACAAAAGCCUCAAGGUUCAUUUACUAUAAGUCAGGAUGUAACUGUACAGAUAAGGUACAGAUUUUGUACACUUUUAUUUUGAAAAUCUGCUCUCAGGAAUUUUUUCAGCUGCUUUGGGUGCAUGGUAACAAGUUUUGGAUUAGAGAACCGCACACACACACACACACACACACACACACACACA